AAAGCCGCCCCCCGGCGUAGUUGGGGGGGGACUUUGACACUGAGUACGGAAGGGAAGGAAUGGCGCAGCAGCAAGGCCAUGGGGAAAGUUCUUCUGAAUGUUCUGGAGAGAUGGGAAUUCGAGAAGAUGUGAAGGAUUACUAUGGAAGGAGGCUGCAGAAGACUGAAGAUCUGAUCCUGAAUAUGUGUGUCACUCCUGCUAAACCUCUCCCUAAUUACAUACGGGAUGCCUUGAAGGCUGUUCAUGAAGAAGUGAGCUCAAAGUACUAUGGAUGUGGUCUUGUGGUUCCUGAAUGUUUGGAAGACUGUUGGAUCCUGGACCUGGGAAGUGGGAGUGGCCGGGAUUGCUUCAUGCUCAGCAAGCUGGUGGGAGAGCGCGGUCAUGUGACUGGGAUUGACAUGACCAAGGAGCAGAUACAAGUUGCUCAGAAGUUUAUUGAGUAUCACACUCAGCUGUUUGGCUUCAGUAAACCCAAUGUUGAGUUCCUUCAAGGCUACAUUGAAAAUCUCGGCGAUGCUGGAUUGAAGGAUAACAGCUUUGAUAUUAUUAUAUCAAACUGUGUGAUUAACCUAUCACCUGAUAAAAAGGCUGUGCUGAAAGAAGCUUAUCGAGUGUUAAAGGAUGGGGGAGAAAUGUACUUUAGUGACGUCUAUGCUGAUUGCAACCUUCCAGAAGCUAUAAGAACACACAAGAUUUUGUGGGGUGAAUGUCUCGGAGGAGCUCUGUGGUGGAAAGAUCUCUUCACAAUCGCGGAGGAGGUGGGAUUCAGUACCCCUCACCUCACCACUGCCAAGAGAAUUAGUGUGAUUAAUGCAGAGCUCAAGGAAAUUGUUGGAGACUUCAAGUUUGUUUCUGCCACGUACCGAUUGUUUAAAAUCCCAGCCAGCUGUCCGAAAGAAAAAUGCUGCGUAACGUACAAUGGAUCAAUCAGAAGCUUUAAAGAAAAGCUGGAGUUUGAUGUCAACUACACCUUUAAUGAAGGUGAGGCGAUAACUGUGGACGAAGAGGUGGCAGCAAUUCUCCAGGCAUCACGAUUUGCUCGUGCAUUCAGCAUUGAACCAGUUGGGAAAAUGGCUCCGUGUUCUGGAGAAGGUACACCCACAAAAUCAAAGGAUACCAUUGUUGAUCCGUUCAAGCUGACUGACCAAUCAGCAGCAGGAGAGACCUCAUCCUGUGCUACGGCCUGCAGUGUACCAAGCAAAAAAUGCUGCUGAAGUUUUCCACCCUGUGCUUACUCCGAUAACCAGGGAACGCAAUGUCAAGGAAUGAUUAGAAGUGAAAAUGAGCCAGAGAUUCUCCCACAGUGGUCUGAGCUCUGCCGAAAUGAAGUUAAAUCUGCCUGUGGCCAAGCCACGCUGACAUCCUGACUUGGUCGGAAAGAAAUAGAAACUUAAAAGUUCUGAAAACGCUGUCAGUUUGGCAGCAUCUAUGGAGAGAGGAGCAAGGUUGCCGUUUCAAAUCAGAAUGAGUCAGAUUCAGAUUCGAGGCUUUAACUCUGCUUUAAAAUAAAAACCAAAAGAACUGCGGAUGCUGGAAGUAGGAGACCAAAACAGAAGUUGCUGGAAAAGCUCGGUAGGUCUGGCAGCAUCUGUGGAGAGAAAUUAGAGUUAACGAUCCAGGUCGAGUGACCCUUCCUCAGACCUGAUGGUAGCUAGGAAAAUGUCAGUUUAUGUGCAGAUGAUAGGGUGGGGAGGAGGGGCUAAGGUGUAAAUGAUAGGUGGGGAUAGAGCCCAAAGAGAAAGAAGAGCAUUGGACAGAUAAAAGAGUGGAUAACGAUCAGGACAGGAGGGUGAAUAGCUGUUAAUGGGGACUGUUAGUGGCUAACAAUAGGUGGUGUGUAAUAGCAGGCUAUAUGGUAACAAGGCCUGGUGUGUGGGGUGGGGCACUGGGACAUGGGAGAGUUUAGGCCCUAAAAUUAUUGACCUCAAUAUUGAGUCCGGAGGGCUGUAGGGUCCCCAAGCGGAAAAUAAGGUGCUGUUCUUCCAGCUUGCGCUGAGCUUCACUGGAGCACUGCAUCAAGCCUGAGACAGAGAUGUUGGCCAGGGAACAGGGUGGUGUGUUGAAGUGACAGGCAACAGGUAGCUCAGGAUCUUUUUUGCGAGCAGAACCCAAGUGUUCUGUGUUAAUUCUGCUUUUUUGUCCUCAUAGAUGCUGAGUUUCUCCAGCACUUUCUGUUUUUAUUACAGAUCUCCAACAUCCACAGUAUUUCAGGUUUGUUUUUAAGGGAGUUAAGAGUUGACACCAAGUCCCACAUUUUGUCACACACUGAGAACUGGGACUAUUGAGACCCACCUUGUGCUUUUCACUCAAGAUGCAAGCUGUGGUUUCAGGCCACAAUCGGCAAAGCCUAGAAAUUCACUGUUCGGGACUUUUGCUCUGUCACAAAUAAUUUUCAUUGCAAUAAAAGAACCUUACUGUCUAACCAA